AUGGACGUAUACUUAUCGGAAUCAGAGUCAGAUGACAAAACCUUACUCUUAGUAGCAAUGCUCAAAGAUGAAGAACAAGAAAGAAAGCCUAAAAGAAACUGCUGGGUUCAUGACAUUAAUAAAGAACGUGAAAUAGUUGGAGAGUAUACUACUCUAAUGCCUCAACUAAGAGCAGACCCAACUCGAUUUUUCAUUUAUUUUAGAAUGAUUCCAGAUUGUUUUGAUGAAAUCUUAGGUUGGAUUUCAGAUGAAAUAUAUAAGAUACCCACACAUUUUCGCAUGCCGAUUUCUCCAUCAGAACGACUGGCGAUUGCACUAAGGUAUUUUGCAACUAGUGAUUCUUAUUCAACAAUAGGCCAUAGUUUUCGUGUCGGUUUCUCUACUGUGAGUAAAAUAGUUGUGGAGGUUAGUGAAGCUAUUAUAAAAAUAGUGGGUCCAAUGUUUUUACCAGAACCUACCACUGCAGUUUGGAAAGAAUCAGCUAAGGGAUUUUAUGAAAAAUGGCAAUUUCCUAACUGCAUAGGAAGUGUUGACGGGAAACACGUAACAAUUAAAUGCCCAAAMAACAGUGGAACACGAAAUUAUUGUUACUUAAAAAUGUUUUCACUUGUUUUAAUGGCAAUAGUUGAUCCAGACUACAAAUUUAUUUGUAUCGAUGUUGGUGGCUACGGCCGAAAUUCAGAUGGUGGAAUUUUAGAAGAAUCUGUAAUGGGUAAGUGUCUGGAAGCUGGGACAUUAAAUGUUCCAAAACCUGUACCAUUACCUGGACAAAUAGAAGACACACGCAUGGUUCUAAUUGGUGAUGAAGCAUUUGCAUUAAAAACAUAUUUAAUGAAACCAUUUCCACGUAGACAAUCCAGAAGUAAUACGAGAUUGGAUACUUAUAAUUAUAGAUUAUGUAGAGCGAGACGAGUAGUUGAAAACGCAUUUGGCAUAUUAUCGAAAAAAUGGCGAGUUUACAAAGGACCUAUCGAACUUAAAGAAGAAACGACUAUUAAAGUUAUACUAGCAACCUGCAUUUUGCACAAUUAUUUACGUGUAAAGAAUUGUGACCUUAAAUAUAUAGAGCUAGAUGAGGAUCAAUCGGUAAUUGGAGCUUUAGGGGAAGUUGAUGUUAACAAUAUAGGAGAGGAACAAAUGAAGCAUUGCAAGUACGUGAACACUCCACGUCGAUCAUUGGUUCRAAUUUUUGAUUUACCAACUGAUGAACAAAUUCGAAUUAUUUCUCAGUAUACUGGAAAUGAAUCAUUAUUAUCAAAUAUUUCUUCAGAGUCUGAAAUUCCAGAAAAUGAUAUUUCUCAAUAUACUGAUGAUCUAUCUUUUAAUCAGCCUACAGAGUCAUAA